UCAUGUUCGAACCAAUUCACUUAACGUUCGAUUCACCACUUCGAAAUGCCCUCGAUAAUGUUUAAUUACGGGUUAUGGAGUAACGUUGUGUUUUUUUUUUUUAGAUGCACUUUUCAACGCAAGCGUUUCUUCCUUUAGUUGGUGAACAGAUAAUAUUCCAGCGCUUGGACGAACACGCCCAGUCAUGAAGCGUUCACAAUCAAGCGAUUCGUUCGCCAUUCGCACACUCCGGAACAAGAAAGCUAGUUCUCCGCAGACACUUGGCCAGGUGCUCAUAAGUGAUAGAUUAUAUAUAUUUUAACCUUUUUUAAAUAAUAAUUGUAGACGCUCGUGUCUCAUGAAUUCCAUUCAUUCAUAACCGCAGAGAGACAGACAAAUACAGCCCAAGUGAAAGAUUUGAGAUGGAAGGAGAUGAGUGUAGCUUCCCCCCAGACUCGUCAGAUGACCACUCGCAAAGAGGAAGUGUUGCUUCUUCUGCUACACUCUCCCACUCUCAAGAAGUGCUUAUAUACCUAUUUGGUGACAGCGCAGUACACCUAUCAGUCGAAGGGCUCAGCAGUGUCACUGUGCAAGAGUUGGGCCGCUUAGUCCGAGAGGCUCUUCAUGUUCCUGAGAGUGCCCAGGAUGUCUUUGCCUUCUGGCUGUCUUCUCCGCUACUUGAGCUGCAGUUGAAGGCAAGGCAUCAACCGUACAAAGUGUGUCGCCAGUGGCAAGACUUGCUGUAUCGCUUCACGGAAGCCUCGGAGGAAGACAUUUCGCAAGAUGAGCCGUGUCUUCAGUACCGUCGGAAUGUCUUUUACUCCAAAUCUAAGGAGCUGCAGAUAGAAGAUGAGGGAGUGCUCCGACUUUUGUACGAUGAGGCCAAGAGCAACAUCAUCAGUGGACGAUACCCUUGCGAUCCUGAACACUGGGCCUCUCUCGGAGCCUUGAGUCUUGCUCUUGAUGAGGGGACAGGCCUGGACAGGCAGAAAUUGACUACUACUAUACGUGAGAAGAAGCUGUCUUCUUUCCUUCCGGCGCAUGUGGCCAUAGGGGGUGGAGGUUUAUUCUCCACGUUGAGAGGGAAGUCGAGCCGUCAGGCAGGGUUGGAGCAGAAUCUCUUGGAGGAGUACAUAAAGAUCAAUGUAUCCGGAGACUCUCAGCGACACUCAGAGAUUCUACAGCAGUACCUCAGUACCUGUCACUCUCUGCCUUAUUAUGGGUGUGCUUUCUUUGAUGGGGAGAUUGACAAACCGGUCCAAGGGAUCCUCCAGAGGUUGAAACGCAAAGCUGUCAGUGUUUGCAUCUCCCUGGAGGGAGUUUACGUGAUGGACGUCAAGGAGAAACACGUGCUUCUCGGCCUGCGCUUCAAUGAGCUUUCCUGGGACCACAGCUACCCCGAGGAGGAAAGUGACUCGCACAUUCUGUGGCUCGAGUUCGAUGGCAAUGAAGAUGGCACUCCGGUCAACAAGUUGCUGAAGAUUUACUCCAAACAAGCAGAGCUGAUGAGUGGCUUCAUCGAGUUUUGCGUGGAGCUGAAGUCCGUGUCUGAGGGAGGAGCUGCAGCAGAAACAGACGGCGAUGCAAGUCUGUCACAACAAGCGUCCGGCAAAGAUGACAGGGGCAAGAAUGGACGCGGCGGACGGCGCGGGAUGUUGCGUCGGCAGAGCAGCGUCGUGUGCAGCCGGGUCCAUUCGCUUCACACCAUCAACUACGUUGACAACGGAAAAGAAAUCAAAUGCUUAAAGCCCAAAAGAGCCGCAUCCUUUUUCACUCGACAGGCAUCUGCACCCAUAUACUCUUCCGUGCAAGUGACAGAGAGUCUGGAGCAAGGUUAAAGUCACCCGCUGUCACCACGGUCUCCUGCUCACAAAGACCAAAACAGAACAUUUAAAGGAGAUGUUUGACUGGAGAUUGACACAAAAAACAUGAACACACAUUGGACCAAGUGAGGGAUCAUAUUUUGACCAUAUUUAUCUCAUGACGUUGUGUACAUUUCGCGGAUAUAUUAAUGUUAACACCGAGUGAUUUGUUAGUUGAUGUGCCUCAAAGGGUCACACGUGUACAAUGCAUCAAGUGUUGAACACUGAGAAAAGCCUUUAUAGAAAUGACUGUUGCAUGAACCUUUUGACUCAUGAGCAACAUUCAAAAACCUCAGUUCAGCAUCACAGUUGACUUACGAGUACCUCUUUUUCCUUUGCAACUCUUGACGGCAUGAGUAAAGCCCAUCGUAAGACUACGUAACCUCAAGAAUUGCAGGACAAAUCCUUUCAAGUCUAUAGAACGCAUAGUGCCUUGUUCCAGUGAAGGUCAGCAAUGAGACAAUGCUCGACGAACGUUUCAUUUUGAUGUGUCUACACUACAGUAUUAGUGUUUGCUGACGUUGGCACUUUCUGGGGCUGGAUGGAAAGAGCAGGUGACAUUACAGCUUAAGAUUCCAAGUAUAUUGUAGUUGUGAAACGGCAAGUUCACGAAACAUUUCAAAAUAACAUCAUGAUGAUUAAAUGUAUUUUCAUUGCAAAAAGAAAGAAAGAAUGCUGCAAUAAGCUAAUGGGAACGGUAUUUAUUUUCCCUUGUUAAACUGACUUUUGAACAUGCUAUUCAGAAAAUCAGAGCAAAGGCAUCUCAUUAAACACACUGUAUGUGCAAACAAUACCACCUCUCAAUUGGGCAUCAAAGAAAGUAAUACUAUAGCCUACGUCUUGCAACUUCAACACACAUCGUCCUUUAAGCCAUACUAAUGUCAAGUUCCUUAAUUUCCCUGCAACCAACUCAACAUUUUCAUGUUCGCCAAAGUAUGUAUCCAACCUGGCACAGUCGCAGGCAUUGUUGCUAACUUAUACUAUGCAUGUCACUUUGUAGACUAGGCAUUCCAAUUCAUAUCAUCAUUUACUAUAAGGCUGCACUCUUUAUAAAUCCUUUGAUUUGUAUAUUUUAGCAUUUUCAUGUUCAUGUAUAUGGGUUUGUACAUGAUUGAAGUCGUGUGGUUGCGCUUCAGUCACUUUGCAGAAGCAUCGAGUGCCUUUUACGUUUGUGUUCCGUUUGUAUCGAUCCAGAUUGCUGUCAGUGGAGUUUGGCUUUUUUGAUUUGUUUUUUUGACCAGUGAACUGUGUACUUUCUAAACUAUUUUCCACAUUCAACUCACUUUUCUCUCCUUUUGGUGACAUGAGUUUGAUAGGUGGGAGGAAGACACUGAAUUGUUUCUUCAGUCAGCCUGUAACUUUACUGUCCCAAUAUUUAUGCCAUUCUUUUGUAAACAGAUGAUUAGCCCUUAUUUUUUUUCCAUCAUAGCUAUUAAGAGUGUACUUUUAACAAUUGUACUUAAUACAGAGUGAGUGUAAGGAAGUAAUUGCGACCAUGCAUAGUUGUACCUUCAGAGUAAGUGAGUUUCUAGCUGUUAUUAAAUAAUUGCUAUAAUGUUUAUUUCAAAUGAUAAAUAUAAAUUUCAGCGGUUGUACUUUUUUUUUUUUACAUUUCAAGAUGCACAUAUUUUACUGGUGCUUAUGGAGUUUGAGGUCAAGCUUGCUGGGUUCUACUGCAAAUGUGCUGCUUUGUCUUUGUAAACUAACCAGUCUAACAAGACAAUACAAAUAUUUUCAUAUAUUCAACCAACCUGAGAAGGGAGACAAGUGUAUACACAGGGUAUUUCUCCCGAGUGCAGUAUCUUUAUUUAUUCUUUCUGCCAGUACACGGGAAUUCUUGGUUACAGCAUUCACCUCUAUCAUUUAGUUAAGUGUACAGUUUUUACAUGGGAUGUAUUAAUUUCAAUUGAAACUGCAUUUUAGUCGUAACUAUUUUUAAUGACUUUUGUCGGGAUUUGUUAGUCUUGCAAUAUUUUCCCGGAGGCAGAUAGAGAUUUGUCUAAUUUUGAUUAUUUUACCAAUUAAAGUUACCCACUUUA